GCGGGCGGAGACCCCAUGGUCUUACACUUCAGUGCUGAACGAGGGGUUAUGCGAGGACGAUGGCAAUGCAGCGGUUGAUCUUAGCUUCCAGUUGUCAAGCCGCAAUGGAGCAGCGACGACACAUACUCGCAUCAUCAAUCCCCACCCAGAUAGGGAUUGCGUGGAGCAGACGAUGGACUUCACGUGGACGGCAGCGACAGGAGGACAUAUCCGCCACAGUUGUGCACGUGGAACGCGACGGUAGGCAGCUGUGGGCAGAGUGCAGGCAAGCCUUGCGGCAAGCUGGAACGUACACAAUAACGAGAGGGGUGCAAGAGCUCCGCAUUGACGAAGGCAACGAUGCGGCUGUUCAGGAGCCCCUUGACUUCCAUGACGUUGACGAUGACGACGAUUGCAACUCAGAUGAUUUGCUUGAGAUUAGGUUGCUUGGGAGGAAGGUGAGGAACGGCGGUACGAUUGCGAAGAAGGGUUCCACUCUGAGAAAUCGGAGGAACAAGAAAAUGGACGACGACACAGACAGGAGCGAUGGCGAGGGCACUCAGAAUUUCUGGUCCGUCAGAGACACGAUUGCACUCGUGAAGGCGAAAAGGGAUCAAGAUCUGUAUUUCGCAGGCAUGGGGCACAAUUUCGGCCGCAUGAAGACCAGGGAAUGGAAGUGCAAGGACGUGUGGUCCAGGUUGCAGAAGACGGACGUCACAAGGAAGGUCGUCGACUGCAGGAAGAAAUGUGACAACUUGAUCCAACAAUUCAAGAAGGUUCACAAGUUUCAGCACCUCACCUCGGACCUCUAUCGCCUGCUCACCGCAGACAUCUCUCGCGUCCUCGCUGGGGACUUCUUCAGUGUCGUUGAGGAUCACCGUUGUAGCUCUUCUCGCCUUCUCGUCGCGUGGAGAUUCGGCCCCGUCACUCUCCUUGCAUUCGCGCCGCGAUGCUCCGUGGACACGUCGAUGUUCAGCGAGACUGAGGACUUUGGGUCAAUCCACGGCGGAGCACUCUCUCCUUAUCACCGCGGAUCUGUCUUGCCAUGUGGAGGUUCGGCAUCGCCGCUCUUCUCUUCUUCUCGCCACAGAGCAGUCUCGCCGGGGUCGUCGUCCUCCCCUCACGAAGGUAACGAUGACGACGUCUUCACAACGGAGGAAGAAGCGCCAGAGGAGACCGUGGCCGUAGUUCGGGAGAGUGGUCGCCUUCGUUCUUCAGAUCAAAGCGUUGCGAGGAGAUUGUUGACGCCUCCACCAGAGGCGCAGCACGUGCGUGCCCGCGAAACGCGCUCGGAGAACGAGGCCGUCGCCGACGUCGGUGGUGAUGAUGAAGAGCCUUUGGAACGACGUCGACAAUGCAAUGUCACACAAGCCACAAUAGCGACGGCAGUCAGGGCACGAGGCGGGACUGACGAAAGGCCACCUCAGGGUGGACUGCCUGCCACGCCGUCUCAGGCGCGUCCUCCAAACACGGCUGAUGAGGGAGGCUCCAUUGAACGCGGCGAGGUGGGCGGAAGUCCUGGUAGACGCCCGCGCAGUUGGGGGCGAGGCGGUCGCUGCUGUCGGUACGGGAACUUCAGGCAAUGUGGCACCCGUGUUGAGGCUGUCUCUUAUACACAUCUAGUGGCAGACGCGCACGCAGUUGGGGGCAAGGCUGUCGCUGCUGCGGGUGCGGGAACUUCAGGCAAUGUGGCACCCGUGCCGAGGGCCAGAGAGGAGCUUCCAGUAGUCGAGCGGGAGGUGGCUCGUGGCGCGAAGGAUCUGAUCGACCAUGCCCGACUCGAUCUUCAAGCGCUUGUCGUCCCUCGGAGCGUCGUCAUGCCGGAAUCCUGCACGAAGCUAACAAGGAUUGUUGAUCCUGCACAACUGCAGCAAGUGAUCUCCCACGUGGCGGCAGUGGAGAAUAUUGCUCUGCACGUCUUGCACGGCUGGGUCUUCAAGUUCGGGAACCGCCCCAGAGGUUACAAUUUGGUUUUCCAGUACACGUUGGAAUCCGUGGCGACGAACAUUUCUCGUGCUAUGUGGUACGGCGAGCAGUGGAGUAAAGUCGUCAGUGCGGUUGUUUGCACGCACACAAUAGACUUAUCCAUGGACUUGACCCUGUGGUUCGCUGGUGCGAACAUCGAGGACAGGCCUGAGGACGACGACUUGGCAGCGUACCAGGAGUCCACCAUCAUAUGCAUCGGGCAUGCAUUCCGCGGCGUGGUUCGGAUGGGUGCGAACGUCGACGGCGGCUCAAACGAUUGUCUCUCUCGGGUUGCUGACUGCUUCAAGCUUUUGGCGGCCAGCAUGUGGUUGACCUGCAUGGUUGGAGACAAUCUGCGCAGCCACUACGAAACUUUUUACUUCACGAAGCUGGUGGUGAAGCCCACGCUCAUCGCAUCCAUGCAUCGCUCCUUCGAACAUCGACGAUCAGUCAUCCGCGCCACAAAUGUUGUCACGGAGAAACUUGGGAAGGCGAACGCUACCUUAGGAGAGUACCCGAAGUACAUCUCCGAAUGGGCAUCCUGCGCCAUCGUAUUUUGGGCAAGAUGCGAGCAUAACAAGGCCGGAGGACGCGAAAAGGCUGGAUUGGUUGGGUUCGGGCCCCCUGGAGGAGGACAACGACAACGCUGGAAAAGACGACGCGUAUGGGGGGGGGGGGCGCUGCUGGUGAGAUGUACGGCACGAGAGAGGGAAGUGGAAGGGUGGGAGGGCGGAGCGGGCGCUCCGAGAUUUGUGGCUGUGCGUACUGACGUUGGUAGUCGUGACGGGCUUGUCGCCGGUUGGGUACGUGUACAGUGUUUCGCUCAUGUGAGUAGACGAGCGACGUUUUAGGUCGUUCGCUUUGGCAGGGGUGUGUUUUUCACUUUGAUCGUCGUUGGUUGUGGACGUGUUUAGUGUGCCGCUCCUGCCAGUAGACGAG